AUGCUCCGCCGGUCGGGGUCUCUCCUUCUCGCCUCCCUCCCCGCUCUUCUCCUCGCCGCCCUCCUUCUCCUCUCCUUCCGAUCCGCCCUCCUAGCCCGGCACCCUCCGCCUCGCCCGCCGUCGCUGACCGCGGACCCUGCCGUCCACUCCCUCCUCUCCCGCCUCUCCCCCGCUGCCGCCGCCGCCACUGCCGCCGCCGGCCCCCGCUUCGUCCUCCCCCCCCCGCCGCCGCAGCCCCUUCCUCCAACUCACCCGACUCGACGCAUCGCUCCCGUCCCCGUCCGCCUCUUUCUCGUCGACGGGGCCCUGGGGUCUCCAAGAUCCCCAAAAUCCGUCAAGAUCAGGGUCCCGGAAAUCCCUUCCUCCCCCUUCCUCUUCUCGUUCCCUGAUGUUGAAGGCGGUGCUGAUGAUGCCACCGGCGAUCAAGACCAGGCUGUCGAUCUCCGGAUCUUCGGCCAGGGACUCGAAUUGGACCGCCAAGAUGCAACGGUGAUCCUCUAUCUCCUCACCCUACUCUCGUCUACCCACGCCCUCGCCAUCCUAGGGUUCAUUCUCUUCUACACCUCUGUCCUCGGCGUCGUCUUCGUUGCCGUCACCACUUCCCUCCUCCAGAAGCGGGUCCCCAUCUCCGGGACUAUCUAUUACGGCGCUCGAUUGGGAAUCCGGCGGCUCACGGGGUUCGUGUUCUUGCGGUGGGCUGCGAGGGAUGCCCUGGUCCAGUUCCUUUGCAUAUGGUUCUUCGCCGACGUCGGGGACCAGAACGAGCUCUUCAAGCUUUUUGUAAAGGUCAAGCUCAUGCCUUUCUCCCUCUCGCCGUUGAACCCGUGGUCCGGACCCCGCGACGAGGCGCUCUCCGGUUUCUUCUUCAUCUGGGCCCUGCUCGACACGGUGGUCUCUGUCGUGUUUGCAGUUGUUCCAUGGGUCGUGAUCAUGGACCAUAAUUUGAGAAGACGGGGGCGGGAUGUGUUGAGAGAAGGGUGCUAUUUGAUAUCGAUGAUGCCGGCCCAGACUAUAUUGAUCAAGUGCUUGGAGACGAUGGUCUGUGGGAAUCUUGGCACGAGAAUUGCAAUGAUGUUUGGGGGGAGGCUCUUUGCAGGGAUAUUUCAUUCGGUGGCAGAGGUUUACUUUAUGGUGGUCUGGCUGAUCUUCUAUGUUGCAGCACGGUGUAAGGAUGGGGAAUUGGAAGGUAGGAGGUUUGGAAGGCAAGAUUUGGAGGAAUGUAUCGAUGACCUGAGAUGACUGCAGUGGUGGAGCUGGUGGCAAAUACUAGAGGUACCAUCAAUGUCUCUUCUGUUAUUUUUGUUGCAACUAAAAUGCCAUUUUUGCGAGUUAUUUCCUAUAUGCUUCUGUAAUAGAGUCAAUGGUGAUGAGGUGGGGAACGUGAGCUUGCAUGUACAGUUUUGGAAGGAAUGGAUUGUCUGUACAUUAUUGUUGUCUGAGAAUGUGGAUGUGUACAUUACUUGUAGGUUAAUGGUACUUCAGAGUUGCCUCUGCAUCAGUAUAUUGAAUCCAUGAAAUCCAUAAAUUUUUAACUAAUCUUCAUA